CGAGCUCCACUCGGCAUCAGUCGACUUGGAGCAGUGUUUGUCUUACCGCGUUAUUUUGUACGACUAAUUAUUUCAAUUUAAAUUAUAUUAAAUAAAUAAACUUACAAAUAUGUCGAUCCAACCACACAGUAAAAAGCGCGUGUGCUAUUACUAUGACAGCGACAUCGGAAACUAUUACUACGGCCAGGGCCACCCGAUGAAGCCGCACCGUAUACGUAUGACGCACAACCUUCUUCUAAACUACGGCCUUUACCGCAAAAUGGAGAUCUACCGACCGCACAAAGCAACAGCUGACGAGAUGACAAAGUUCCACAGCGACGAGUACAUCCGGUUCUUGCGCUCAAUCCGUCCGGACAACAUGUCAGAGUACAACAAGCAGAUGCAGAGGUUCAACGUGGGAGAAGAUUGCCCAGUGUUCGACGGACUGUACGAGUUCUGCCAACUAUCAGCAGGCGGCUCGGUAGCAGCGGCGGUCAAAUUGAACAAAAACGCCUCAGAAAUUUGCAUCAACUGGGGAGGAGGAUUGCACCACGCCAAGAAGAGCGAAGCUUCGGGCUUCUGCUACGUGAACGACAUCGUCCUGGGGAUCCUGGAGCUGCUGAAGUACCACCAGCGAGUCCUUUACAUCGACAUAGACGUGCACCACGGAGACGGUGUAGAAGAGGCAUUUUAUACAACCGACAGAGUUAUGACCGUGUCUUUCCAUAAAUACGGAGAAUAUUUCCCGGGAACCGGCGACCUGAGGGACAUUGGAGCUGGAAAAGGAAAAUACUACGCCGUAAAUAUUCCCCUGCGUGAUGGAAUGGACGACGACAGCUACGAGUCUAUUUUCGUCCCGAUUAUCUCCAAAGUUAUGGAGACUUUCCAGCCUUCGGCUGUAGUUCUUCAAUGCGGAGCUGAUUCUCUGACCGGUGAUCGGCUCGGCUGCUUCAAUCUCACUGUCCGAGGUCACGGAAAGUGUGUAGAAUUCGUCAAAAAAUACAACCUGCCCUUCUUAAUGGUCGGAGGCGGCGGCUACACCAUCAGAAAUGUCUCCAGAUGCUGGACUUAUGAAACUUCAGUUGCCCUAGGCUGCGAAAUUGCAAAUGAGCUGCCCUACAAUGACUACUUUGAGUACUUCGGACCUGACUUCAAGCUUCAUAUCAGUCCCUCGAAUAUGGGAAAUCAGAAUACCAUUGAGUACUUGGAGAAAAUCAAGACCCGGCUGUUUGAAAAUCUGAGGAUGCUACCGCAUGCUCCGGGGGUUCAAGUUCAGGCGAUUCCGGAGGAUGGCGCUAAUAUUGACGACUCCGAAGCUGAAGAGAAGGUUAAUCCUGAUGAAAGACUGCCUCAGAGAGAUAUUGACAAGAGGAUUCAACAUGAAAAUGAGUACAGUGACAGCGAGGAUGAAGGCGAAGGUGGCAGGAGGGACAAUAGGUCUUUCAAGGGGUCGAGGAAGAGACCUAGGCUGGAGAAAGGACAGGAGCCUAUGGAAACUGAUAUUAAGAAAGAGGACGACAUCAAAAAUGAAGCUAAAGAUGAAAAGGAAGAAAAAAUUAGUGUACUAAGCGACGAAACUAAAAAGGAGCCAAAUAAUCCAUGAUGAUGACGAAAUCAGGGGGAUUAAUUAAAUUAAACUAAUAAAUAAACCCUUCUCAUAAUUAAGUCAUUUAUAUUUAUUUAUAAGAUCUCUCUAAGAUUAUAUUAGAUCAGCAAUUGACUUUGCGGCCACGAUAAUUCUAGUUGCAGUACACAGAAUCAAUUGUUAUAAUCAAAUAUGUGUACUGUAAUAAAAUAAGUAAUGUCAGCUUUACUUUAAAAAAAAAAAGGUUCUCAUGGUCAGUGACUCAUUACGCUGAUCAUAAUUAAGAAUAUAAGACUAAGAACUUUAGUUUAAUUUAUCAAUUAUUUAAUUUCAAUAGAUAAAUUAAUUUUUUACAUUUAUUAAGUCGAUUUUAUACACAGGCCACUUUAUUUUGUAAAUAUAUCCCGAUAAUCAUAUGAGUCCAGCGGUUGUUUGUAAUUUUUAUAAUUAUUUCGUUCAUAUUUAAUAAAUUAAUUACUCGAUUAUUAAUAAAU